UCUAAAUUUCUUUUGCUAAGCGAUCGUAAACAUUGAUGAAAAAGCUUCUUGUUUUCCUGUUACUGAUCGUAUUUUGGCUCUUUUUUUGUAAGAUAAUCGUGCUAAAUAUGCCAAUUACUGUAAAAGACUACGUUUGGGAUGAAACGGAAUCAUCGGUGCAUAUAACAAUCCCACUGAAGGGUGUAAAAUCGAGCAAAGCAGAUAUUUUUUCUACUGAUGAUUAUUUGAAGGUGAACUAUCCACCAUACCUGUUCGAGAUCAUGUUAUUCAAGCCUGUAGAUGACAGCAAAGGAACAGCACAAAUUAAGGAUGGUACCAUUGUCUUCAACCUACUCAAACAUGAGCCAGUAAUAUGGUCACAACUUACAUCUCCAGAUUCAGGUGAUAAAGAGUUGAUGAAAAGUCAACGUCAACUAGCAAUAGAAGCUGCUCAUAAAAAAGCUGAUGAAGAAAAGAAGGAAGCAGCCAUUAGGAAAAGGGAGGCAGAAAAAUUUGCACUUCAAGAACAGAUGAGGUUGGAUGCAGAGGAAAGAAAAAUGAUUGAAGAAACGAAGGAAGCAGAAAGAAGAAAGGCGACCGAAGAUAUUGAAAGUUGGAAAAUACAUGGAAUAUCAGGAAAAAAUACCGAAACAAAGAAGAAAGAUGUUAGCAAGAAAGAUAUGUUCAAAGAAGAUGAGAUACCACCUCCCUCAUCAGGGGCGGCACCAAGACAGAGUGGCAGCAUUAAAGUAAAUUUCACACCACGUGUCUUUCCUACACCAAUGAGAGAGUCAAAGAAAGCUGAUGAAGAUGCAUGGCUCAAAAAGCAGGCUGAGGCUAGGCGUGUUGCAGAUGUUGAAAACUCUGAUUUAAGUGCAGAGGAAAAGAACCCUCAAUGGCUUAAGGAGAAGGGAGAUGGCUUCUUCAAGUCUGGUAAUUUCCUAGCUGCUAUCAACGCUUAUAACCUUGCUGUUCGCCUGGACAGCAAAUUACCAUCUAUUUACUCAAACCGAGCAGCCUGCCAUCUGAAGUUGAGAAACUUUAUGAAAUGUAUAGAGGACAGCUCAAAAGCUCUUGAACUCUUAACCCCACCUGUCUUGGCCAAUGCCCCAGCUAGAUUAAGGUCACAUGCUCGUAGAGGAACAGCAUUUUGUGAAAUGGAGUUAUACAUUGAAGGCUUACAAGACUAUGAAGCAGCACUGAAGAUCGAUCAAAACAAUGAGAAACUUCAAGAAGAUGCUGAGAAGAUCCGGAAGGUGAUACAAGGAACCUGAUGCAGGUGUUAAUCUGGAUGAACUGGCAGUGCGGCAGGAGUGAUGUCUACUACCGGUAGUUCCUCCAGGUAUACCAUCUCUGAACCAUUUGCACCAUAUGGGUACCAGAACACCAGCUGUGUAUCAAUUGGACCAUAGGGGUACCAGCUUCCUACCAAUUGCACCAUGUGGGUACCAGAACACCAGCUGUGUAUCAAUUGGACCAUAGGGGUACCAGCUUCCUACCAAUUGCACCAUAUGGGUACCAGAACACCAGCUGUGUACCAGUUGCAUAAUAGUAGUACAGUAUUAGUGAUUGAAACCAGGAAACAAACAAUGAAUCUGAAAUGCUGGAAAUUAUUUUUUUUAAUCAUCACCCGUUGCUUUCACAGAUGACAGUACUUCAUUUAUGACACAUUGAGAGCGUUUUUCCCGUUUCUGUUUGUAUUAUUUAGUUUAAAACCUUUAUUAUCCACAUUGAUUAGAGUAUUUUUAUUUUCAAUAAGUAGGACAGUACCAUGAAGUUCUAAAAUAUCAAUGAUGCAAACAAGAUAGGGUUUUUUUCUUUUUGGUUUCAUUAAUUUUAAUCACGUUUGUUUAAAUUGUUGCUGAUAAUGGUUAUGAAUAAAUAUAAUUGCUCUAUGUUA